AACCACUUCUGCAGUGCCAUUUCACACGGUUUCUACUUUUCUUACACAACAGAAGGACCUGCAGAACGUGAGAAAGAAUGGCAUCAACUGCAGUUCAGAUGCUAUGUGUGGCUCUCGGCACCAUCGGGUUGAUUGGGGUCAUCAUCUGUUCUGGCCUCCCUCGCUGGGUCGUGGGACAUCAGGGUGAUACGGAAUUUCAUUACGGUCUGUUGAUGGAGUGUCAGAACCAGAACACCGGACUGAUGCAGUGCACAAAGUUUGACUCCAUACCCUCUGAACUUCAGGCAGCCCGGGCCAUGACCGCCAUCAGCUGCAUCUUUGGUAUUCUCAGCCUCCUCUUCCUGUCUUUUGGUGCCAACUUCACCACAUGUAUUCAGAACAAAAACUCCAAGACCAAAAUGAUCCAGGCAGCUGGAGUGGGCCUGAUGCUGGCCGGCCUGCUGGUGAUCAUCCCGGUCAGCUUGGUGGCACAUAAUAUUUUGAGAAACAAACAAUGUCUCUCUAGAGACAUUGGGGCUAGCAUCUAUAUCGGCUGGGCAGCUGGCAUGCUGAUGAUCCUGACUCAAGGUCUGCUCCUCAGCUUUGGCAGACCCAGAGCUGCUGGUGCUCUCAGCAGCUCUGGAGCUGCCAGAAUCUCUUCCAGAACCUCUUCCACAACCGUUAGUUCUGGAGGAGUAACCGCCACUUCCGUUGCUUUAGUAUCCAGCUACCACAGCGACAGAGUUUAAGCUCCAAGCAACUUAAUUUAGAGGAUUGAUGGAAGGGCCUGGUGUCCAAUAGACGGGUAGACAAACGAGCUGAUUCGGUAAAAACUAGGAAGACGACACCAGAGAUAGUAAAUAUUAUCCUGACAAUAAAUGGACCAAAUUAUCACUUCCAUACUUUUAGCAUUUUGUAGUAGAAGGCAUGUGCUCUGUAACACAUCAGACUUUUACUUUUCUAUUGGCAAAAUUCCCAGAAUUUUUAUUAAAAUGUCCUGAAAUUUGACUUCACAAAGCUCCUAAGGAAAAUUAUUUUAA